GCCCUGAGAGGCGGCUCCCGCUGGUGCCAAGCGCUGGGUUAAAACAAUUCCCGCUCUCUGGUUUCCCUGCAGGAUUUAAUAAAUGAAAACGCAGAAAAUGCGCGCGGCUCUGCCGGCGGCACAAGGAGGAGCAACACGGCGCGGGAUCAUUCCCGGAGGAUGGUGAGCCGUGGUCCCGUUCCAGCCGGGAAGCGGGCGCGGCCUGGAUUUCCUCGUGGGAGGAGCCUUUCCAGGGCUGUAUCGAAGGAUGGAGAAGAAGAAAAUCCUGAUGAAGUCCAAGGUCGCUGCUCCCAACCUGCUGAGGGCACUGCAUUCCCUGUACCAGUUCGGGCACCUCUGUGACGUGACGGUCCACACCCAGCAGCUGGGAAUUCAGGAGGAGUUCCUGGCUCACAAAGCUGUCCUGGCGGCUUCCAGCAACUAUUUCAAGGGGCUUUUCCUGCACGAGGAGAUGCUGGACACCAAGACUUGCACGGUGACCCUGCAGGACAUCUACACGGAAGAGUUCACCUCCUUCCUGGAGUUCGUGUACACCGCGGAAGUGGAGAUCGAAGCGGGAAAACUCCAGCGGAUGAAGGAAAUAGCCGAGAGGCUGGAAUGCAAGGAUCUGCUCGACAUCUGUGAAGAAGUGAAAGCAGAGGGCAGGAAGGGCUUGGAUUUGAGCCUCCACCUGAAAGGACAGAGGGGUGAAAAUGGUGGAUCCCAGUGGCCUCACGUCCAGCACGAGGAGAACCCCGGCCUGAGGAGCUCUUCCCAGGUUGUGGCAAUUCCUGUGCAGAGGAAACUUUGGGACAGGCAAAACCAUAAGAAGUUGCUGGCGGGCCUUGAGCUCAUUGGAGGCCAAGCAGCGGGUCUGGAGCAGGAGGACACUGGUUUUCCAGACCCAAAACCCAGGACAGCAAAGCUGCCAAAAUGUAACAAUCCAGAUUCCACAAACGCACUCGGUGUGGAUAUCGUUAGUCUGGAAAACGAGGACAGUCGCUCCCUCCUGAGUCAGACUGAGGCACAGGGAGCCUGUGUUGUGAUUAGGAACACUCUGCCUGAGCAGUGGGAAGAUGGAAAGAGUUUAAUUUCCCAGUUUUCCACCAAAACAGAACGCAGGAAGUUGCCGCGGCACGCGGCGAAAAUCCCAGCGCCGGUGGCGCGCGGGAAGCGCGACGAAUCCUUCCGCGUCCUGGAGCAGUACCGGGAGCACGUGGAGCUCCGGCACGACGCCAGCCUGGCCCUCGGGUCCCGCUGCGAGAGGUGCGGGCAGCGAUUCCCGGCUCCGCGGAACCUCCGGCAGCACCGCGAGCGCGGCUUCUCCUGCCACGCCGGGGUCACGCGCCGCAGGGACGCGGCCGAGCGGAUCCGCAGGGCGCCCCUGGGGAAGCGGGAAUGCCGGGCCUGCCCCUACUGCGACAAGGUGGUCGGCUCCAAGUGCGGCCUGUCCGUCCACACCCGGACGCACACCGGGGACAGGCCCUACAAGUGCGAGCGCUGCCCCGCCAGCUUCGCCCACAGGUCCGCGUACACCACCCACGUCAGGAAAAUCCACGAGUCUGGGCAAGAGAGGAAGCUCCUGCCUGUCUACUGGAUGGUGGCCCCACCUGCACCUGGACCAAACGCCACGAGCCGUGACAAAGAUCCCGACAGAGAGCCUUGGGAUGUGACAUCAGAGGCCACGAGGAGUGAGGAAGAACCCGGGGGUUCAUCCGCUGCUGAAGCGGACCGGAGCAGGGAGCAAGAGGAGCAGAAUGGGAAACACAGGGAAGCUGAAGCAAGGAGUGAAGAAGGGGACGAAGAUGAAGGUGAGAUGAGUGUGAAGGGCGAGGAGGAGGGAGAUUACGAGGCGGGGUGCUCGGAAGUCGAAGGAGGUACAGCCAAAGAGGUGUGUUCCGAGGAGGGUGGCGGAUUCUCAAACGAGAAGGACGGCGAAGAACACGAAUCAGACGGAGAGUCUGAACUACAGAAGGUCAACAAAAGCGGGGCCAACAGGAACCCCCCCUACGUGAUCCGGUGCGAGAAGUGCCACGAGCAGUUUGUGUCCCGGAAGCGGUACGUGGAUCACUGCCGGGACGUGCACCAGUGCCCGCCCGGCAAGGUGUACCGGUGCGACGUGUGCGGCAAGGGCUUCGCCAGCUACACCAGCUGGAAGGAGCACCGGGCGUGCGUCCACACGGAGGAGAGGCGCUUCUCCUGCCCCCUCUGCAGCGCCACCUUCAAGCGGCAGCGGGACGUGCGCACCCACUCCGUGCGGAAGCACGAGGGCCGCGCCAAGCGGCCGCUCUGCUCCGUGUGCGGGAAGAUCCUCAGCUCCCGCACGGCGCUGGUGUUCCACAUGCGGACCCACACCGGGGAGAAGCCCUACGAGUGCGGCGUCUGUCACUCCAGGUUUGCGCAGCCGUCCCAGCUGAAGAUCCACACCAGGUCCCACACGGGGGAGAAGCCGUAUAUUUGUGAGGACUGCGGGGCUUCCUUUGCCGACAAAGGAAAACUCACCGGCCACAAAAGGACACACACAGGAGAGCGCCUGUUCAGGUGCGACGUGUGCGGGAAGCACUUUGCCACCAAGGAGUACCUGAAGUGCCACAAGCGCUGCCACAUGGGCGCCAAGCCCUACAAGUGUGAGGUGUGUGGGAAAACCUUCGGCCUCAGGGCCUCCCUGGCCCAGCACAGCAACGUCCACGCAGAGACCCGCCCCUAUUUCUGCGAGCAGUGUGGGAAGACCUUCACCCAGCAGGGCGCCCUGCGGCGGCACCAGCGCAUCCACACCGGGGAGAAACCCUACAAGUGCCGGGCCUGCGAGAGGACCUUCACCGACAUGUCCACGCUGCGCAGACACGCGGCGAUUCAUGACCGGAAUGCUCACUGGAGAAGUUUCUUAAUCGAUCUCACCACCAAAAAGGACCAUAACUGGUCCAAAAUAGAGACCUUUGGGGAAGCCCAUGCAGGAGGAGGCUCCGCCCCAGAGAUUUGGUCAAUGGACCAAGGGAAACUUUAUAAACCAGAAGGUGCCAAAACAGCAGCACAGGUGGCACCUGGUGCUGGGGACACCGGGGACACCGACCGCUCUCUCUUGUACUUCCCGCGCGCCGCGGCCGCGCUGGGGGCGGGCGGGGCCGUGGCGCGUCAGCGCUUCCGGCCGCGCCCGGGGCCGAGCGGGAGCAGCGGCCGGGAACGCACCGGGAACACGCCGGGAACGCUUCUUGCAGGGGGAAGAAAGAUGGAAAGCGCUCCGGUGCUGCUGGAGUCCAAGUCCUCUCCCAUCAACCUGCUGAACGAGAUGCACCAGCUGCGCCUGCUGGGCCACCUGUGCGACGUGACGGUGAGCGUGGAGUACCAGGGCGUCCGCGCCGAGUUCGUGGCCCACAAGGCCGUGCUGGCGGCCACCAGCAAGUUCUUCAAGGAGGUCUUCCUCAACGAGAAGGCCGUGGACGGGCCCCGGAGCAACGUGUUCCUCAACGAGGUGCAGGUGGCGGAUUUCGCCUCCUUCCUGGAGUUCGUCUACACGGCCAAGGUGGAGGUGGAGGAGGACAGGGUGCAGCGCAUGCUGGAGAUAGCCGAGAAGCUCAAGUGCUUGGAUCUCUCGGAGACCUGCUUCCAGCUGAAGAAGCAGAUGCUGGAGUCGGUGCUGCUGGAGCUGCAGAACUUCUCGGAGUCGCAGAACUCCGAGGAGGAAGGCGCUGCCCACCCCAACGUCCCGCCCGAGUCCAAAGCCGUGGCGGAAGCCGAGCAGGAAACUCCGGGUUCCCCCGUAGCCAGGCCCAGCCACGGAGCGUCCCCGGAGGCGCCGGCUGCCAAAUCCAAGGAGAAAAUGGACAAAAAGAAGGAAAUGCUGAAGGCCCCUUACGCCAAAAUCCGGAGGGCGAGCGGGAGGCUGGCCGGGAGGAAGGUGUUCGUGGAAAUCCCCAAGAAGAAGUACACCAGGAGGCUGAGGGAGCAGCAGAAGAACGCGGAGGCGGCCGCUGAGGGUGACAAAUACCCCGAAGAUGAGGAGCCGUGCGACCCGGAGGGCGAGGAGGAGCACGGGGAGGACGCCGCCGCCAAGCCGGAGGGCGCGGGGCGCGGCGGCAGCCCCGAGGGGAACCGCCCGAAGGCCGGCGAGGACAAAAAGAAGCGGGGCAGCAACUUCAAGUGCGGCACGUGCGAGAAGGAGUUCCUGUACGAGAAGAGCUUCCUGAAGCACAUCCAGCACAGCCACGGCAUCGCGGCCGAGCUGGUGUUCCGGUGCGAGACGUGCGGCCAGACCUUCGCCAACCGCUGCAACCUGCGGAGCCACCAGCGGCACGUCCACAGCAGCGAGCGCCGCUUCCCCUGUGAGCUCUGCGGUAAGAAGUUCAAGAGGAAGAAGGACGUCAAGAGGCACAUUCUCCAGGUUCAUGAGGGUGGUGGGGAGCGCCAUCAGUGCCAGCAGUGUGGAAAGGGGUUGAGCUCCAGAACCGCCCUGAGGCUCCAUGAAAGGACGCACACGGGCCACAAGCCUUAUGGGUGCCCGGAGUGUGAGGCUAAGUUUUCUCAGCCUUCGGCACUAAAAACCCACAUGAGAAUCCACACGGGGGAAAAGCCCUUUGUCUGUGAUGAGUGUGGGGCCCGGUUCACUCAGAACCACAUGCUCAUCUAUCACAGACGCUGCCACACAGGGGAAAGGCCUUUCAUGUGUGAAACGUGUGGGAAGAGCUUUGCCUCCAAGGAAUACUUGAAGCACCACAACCGGAUCCACACGGGAUCCAAACCCUUCAAGUGCGAGGUUUGCUUCCGGACCUUCGCCCAGAGGAACUCCCUGUACCAGCACAUCAAAGUCCACACAGGGGAGCGGCCGUACUGCUGCGACCAGUGCGGGAAGCAGUUCACGCAGCUGAACGCGCUGCAGCGGCACCACCGCAUCCACACCGGGGAGAAACCCUUCAUGUGCAACGCCUGCGGCAGGACCUUCACCGACAAGUCCACGCUGCGCCGGCACACCUCGAUCCACGAUAAAAACACCCCCUGGAAGUCCUUCCUUGUCAUCGUGGAAGGAGCAUCGUCGAAGAACGACGACGCCCACAAGACGGAGCUUCCCGACGAGGAGUACGCCGUGUCCCCCAAGAUCCCGGAGAAGCUGCUGUCCUUCCCUGGGAACACCCCCUACCAGAGCCUGGCAGCCGCCCCGGGCAGUGGGACUGCUGGCACAGACUGUAAGUCUUCCGGAGGGCCGGGAUCGCAGGAAGCCCUGAUGGGAACCACGCUGAGCGAGCUCGCGGUGCUCCACGCGCAGCCGGACUCUGUCCAGCCACAGCUCCACGCUCUGGUGAACAUGGAAUAGCUCGGGAUUUGCUGCCACUCCUUCAGCUGCACCCCUUGUAUGAAGCCCUUUGCCUGAGGGAAGCUGGUGGUGGGAAGCAGGUGGGAGUGGAUUUUCCUGAUUCCUCUGAAAAUUCGUCCCACAGCUCCAUCUCCUGGAGGUUCGGCAGGGCGACACUUCAAGGUCACUCUGCCGGGAAUCCCUGGGCGUGGAUUCCCUGGGAGUAGAAGGGGUGGCUCGGGGACCGUGUUCAGGUGGGUUUAUAAAGGUGGUGCAGGUUUGUUUUCCAGGUGAUUUGAUGCCACGUGGACAAUCAGGAGAACCGAGGUCGUGUUUCUCCGUGACAUUCACUGCAUUUUCCCCAGCAGAAAUUCAUCCAGGAGAUAGGUCUGGCCAAACUGCUUUCCAGGAAACCUUGGUUUCCCUCUGCUGUCGCCAAAGAUCCCAGCAGUGAGCCAGCUCACUCCUUGGGAAUACGAGGGGGAGCUUUGGAGUCUCUUUCCAGGAGUUUUGAGUCUCUUUAAGUAGCAAAAGGAGCAGGUGGAAGCCAAGUGCUGGUUUGUUUUUUCCACUUUUCCAUGAAAACUGGAGCAGUCUGGCACUUCAGUCUUCGCCUUCCAGCUGCUCCAGCUCACAUGGAAGUGGGCACUUAGAGACCAAAACAUCUCUUGGAAAAAUGUCUGGGAAAACCAACCAUUCUGGAAAAGGUUCAGUUCAGAGGCUUUUCCUGACUGGCACCUGCUGCUCCAUUUUAUUGGAAUAGGAUUCGGGGUAUUUGGGUAUUUUCCCUGGGUGGGGAAGGAGCCUUUGAGAGUUGUCAUCUGACAGGGAUGAAUCUUUUUUGGGAACAGCAACUCACUGCUGUGGUUUAAUGCUUCAAAACCUCGGGAUCAGCUUCCCAGUUGGCACCGUGUAAAAACCUGCGUCUUUUCCAGAUGAUUUUCCUGUUUCUUUUUGCCUGUUACCGUAGUAUUCCCACAGAAACUUUCUCAGCUGGAGCUGUGAGCAAAACUUUGGGAAAGGUGAGCACAAUCCACCCUGGUGUUGAAGGGCCUGUUGUCCAGCAAUAAACACACCCCCCCACACACUCCUGUGGCACAGAGAGCUAUUUUUGAUCCUAAAGGGAUGCCGGAGGUGUUGCCAUGGAAUUCUAAUGUAGAAAAAAAAAAAAAAAGGGAAUUUUUUUUUUUUAAAAAAGAGAGCAUUUCCAAGAGGUUAUAUUUGAAAUAUUUAUUCCUGGUGAAGCUCAGUUGCCCCCGGUGACCGAUGGGAAGAGGCUGUAGAUAUAUUUAAAUCCUGAGCGUCUGGAACUGGAGCCAGGGAAAGUUUUGUACUCCCGGGAAUGUAUGGAAGUGAGUUACUGUUUAACUGUUCUUAUUAAAAUAUGGGAAUAUUGAGA